AUGAAAAUAAAUUUUAUUUUAUUAUUUAUAAACAUUUUCACAAUUUCACAUUCAUUUAACUUAAGGUAAUAAUAGCCUGUUCCAAUAUGUUAUGGAAUAUCAAUCGAUGCAGGUUCAUCUGGCACAAAAGUUAUAGUUUAUGAAUGGGAAUGUUUAAAUUAUUCGGAAAUUCCAAAAAUAAAAUAAAAUCCAACUUUAAAAAAUAAAUUGCCUGAAAGACUAUCCGAUUAUGCUGGAAAAACAAACACAUUAGGAAACCUAUUUGAAAAGAUAUUUGGUAUUACCUAAAAAGUAAUACCUUAAGCUUAAGCUAAUAAGACAAUUGUUUUACUAGGAGCAACUGCUGGAAUGCGUUUGAUUCCCGAAAAGGAUUAAAAUGAGAUAAUGGAUGAAUGUAUUAAUUAACUUUCUAAAAAUAAAUAUGGAUAUUAUUUUCCUAAUUCCUAAAACCCUAAAUCUUAAAAGGAAUGGGCAAGAGUAUUAUCUGGUGAAUAAGAAGGAGCUUAUUUAUGGAUGAGUGUUAAUUAUGAUUUAAAUAAAUUAACUAAAAGCAUAGAAGAUGAUAAAAAUACUGUUGCAGUAAUCGAUUUAGGAGGAGCUUCAACUUAAAUAGCAUUUUCUCCAAAUGAAAAAUAAGAAGAACUUAAAUAAAACGAUUUUGAUUUGUUUAUCGCAAGAUAUAACUAUUAUCAUUUAUAUUCAAAAUCAUAUUUGAAAUAUGGUAACGAUUAAGCAAGAUUUUAGGUUUUGGAUUACUUUAAAAGCUAAAAUUAUGUUUCGCCUUGCUAUUUUAAAGGAUAUAAAGGAACUGAUGGCCAAAAUUAGGAUAUUUAAGUUGAAGGAACAGGCAUUUAUACAUAAUGUAGCGAAAAAAUACUACAGUAUCUAAAAGUUAAUAAAGAUGAUUGUGCUUUUAAAAGUAAAGAUGAAUGCUCUAUUGGAAACUAAUAUCAAUCUUAAUUAAAUAAAGAUAUGUAAAUAUAUGCUGUAAGUAGUAUUUAAAUUUCGGCAAAUUUCCUUGAAUUUACUAAUACUUUUAAGCUUUCUGAUUUUCUUAAUAAACUUAAAGAAUUGUAUACAUUAGAUUGGGAUGGCGCCUAAAAAAAAUAUCCGAACGAAUAAGCAAAAUACUUAUAAUAUAACUUAUUUAUGACUACUUAUGUUUAUUAACUUCUAAAGAAUGGGUAUAAUAUUAAUGAUAAUACUGAAAUUAAUAUCAGUUUAACUGAUGUAGGAUGGGAUAAAUCUAAUCUUUUGUAAAAACUAAGCACUUUAAAUUGCUAAGUUACAUCAUAAUAUUGCUAUAAAGCCCCUUAUUAAAAAUAAGCAAUAUGAUAUUUAACAUAUUUAUGUAUUUUUUUAUUUUUAUUAUUAUGUAUUAUAUCAAUAAAAAAUAUUUUAUUUUUUAA